CAGCCAGCUCCAGAGAGGGAGAGGGAUGGAUGUUGGAGGAGGAAUCUGGGCUUAACAAGUGAUUGCUGCUAUCUAGGAUUUUGUUCUUUUUUUCUGGGGGAGCCUUGACUUCCUUUCCCAGGCAAGCCCUCCCGUGCGGAACUCCAGUGGAGCCAGAAGUCUUGGGGGGUCUUCCCCGGGGCAGCCCAGGACCGCACACCUGGGCGCCUGCAGCGAGGACUCCGUGCUCCCCCCCUGGCCAGGCAGCAGAACUUGUUCCGUGGAUAUUCUGGAGCCUCCACCUGCCACACAGGCGUGAUUCCUUCCACCCCCAGGAGCCUCCCCCCCCACCCUCCAGCUGUUGUUGCAGCUUGAGGGGGGACAUCAAAACCAGCUGGGGGGAAUUGUCUUUCUUUUUAUUUUGGACCCCUCCUGGGAAUGGUGAAGUGCUUCUUCUGCAUGAUUUUAGCUGACGGAUACUCUGCAUUUCCUUGAUCUCUAUGGAGACCUCAGAGCUGGGUUUGCCCCUGCUGACACCUCAUCUUGCACCACCUUCCACCUUCUCUACCUCCCAGGGUCUUUGCCCCUGCCGCUGAUAGUUUGGCAUUGCCCCUGGGUCCAGGAAGCCUGUGAUGAACUUAAGGGGAGAGCCCGGAGGCUCAUCCCAGUAGGUGUGAGGGACAAUGGCUGGACGUACUUCAAGUCUAGUGUUAAUAAUAAGCAGUCACGGGAAGGCAAGUGCUAAGACGAAAGGCUUAUCUGCAUUGUGAUGGACUGAGCUUUGGACAGUUUCCAUGGCAGAAAAAUAUAUGCCAUCUUCUAGGCACAACCGCUGGCUGUCGGAGACUUGCUGCCUUUGAAUUUUGCAGCAGCAUCAUCAUCCACAUCCUUAUAUGUAUCCCCAAAUUUGAACACCCACCCCAAAACAGGUGUCUGGGAGACGCGGACAUUCUGGGACUUAGGCUUGAGUGUGCCAGGCUGUUCACCUGGACCCGGCCAAGCUCCGAAGAGCCAUGUCGAAUCCCUGGGGAAGACAGAGCAUGGGGCGUGCUGAUUUAAAAACAGAAAAUGCAAAGUUGGACUGAAACUAUCCUCCGUCUUCCAAGCAAUCUGCUUAAGGGUUCCAAACUUACCUUACUUUGGUGAGGAAAAAAAAAAAAAAAGAAAGAAAGAAAGAAAGCUGCCCUAUUUUUUUUUUUUUUCUUUCUUUCUUUCCUCUACAACCAGAACCAGCCAUUUCCCCAAACCGCCACCAUGGAGGUUGCAAUGGUGAGUGCGGAGAGCUCAGGGUGCAACAGUCACAUGCCUUACGGGUACGCGGCCCAGGCCCGGGCCCGGGAGCGGGAGCGGCUGGCCCACUCCAGGGCAGCGGCAGCUGCCGCGGUGGCCGCGGCCACGGCUGCCGUGGAAGGCAGCGGGGGUUCCGGAGGGGGCUCCCACCACCACCACCACCAACACCACCAACACCACCACCAGUCCCGGGGGGCCUGCAGCACCUCCCACGACCCCCCGAGCGGCCCACGCAGUCGCAGGAGGCGGCGCCCGCAGCCGGAGAAGAGGAAGGGCCACCACCGGCCCAGCAGCUUCCCGCACUGCGCCGACCUCAUGCCCAGCGGCUCGGAGGAGAAGAUCCUGCGGGAGCUGAGCGAGGAGGAGGAGGACGAGGAGGAAGAGGAGGAGGAGGAGGAAGAGGAGGAAGAGGAGGGGAGGUUUUAUUACAGCGACGAUGACCACGGAGACGAAGGCUCCUACACGGACCUGCUGCCCCAGGAGGACGGGGGCGGCGGCGGGGGGUACAGCGCGGUGCGCUACAGCGACUGCUGCGAGCGAGUGGUCAUCAACGUGUCCGGCCUGCGCUUCGAGACCCAGAUGAAGACGCUGGCCCAGUUCCCCGAGACCCUGCUGGGGGACCCCGAGAAGAGGACCCAGUACUUCGACCCCCUGCGCAACGAGUACUUCUUCGACAGGAACCGGCCAAGCUUCGAUGCCAUCCUGUACUAUUACCAAUCCGGGGGCCGGCUCAAGAGGCCCGUCAACGUGCCCUUCGACAUCUUCACCGAGGAGGUCAAGUUCUACCAGCUCGGCGAGGAGGCCCUGCUCAAGUUCCGGGAGGACGAGGGCUUCGUGAGGGAGGAGGAGGACCGCGCCCUGCCGGAGAACGAGUUCAAAAAGCAGAUCUGGCUCCUCUUCGAGUACCCCGAGAGCUCCAGCCCGGCCAGGGGCAUCGCCAUCGUCUCCGUCCUGGUCAUCCUGAUCUCCAUCGUCAUCUUCUGCCUGGAGACCCUGCCCGAGUUCCGGGACGACAGGGACCUCCUCCUGGCGCUGAGCGCGGGCGUGCACGGCACAGGGCUGGGGAACGACACCUCGUCCCCCCACCCCGAGGGCUCGGGGCACACGGUGUUCAACGACCCCUUCUUCAUCGUGGAGACGGUCUGCAUCGUCUGGUUCUCUUUUGAGUUUGUGGUCCGCUGCUUCGCCUGCCCCAGUCAGGCGCUCUUCUUCAAGAAUAUCAUGAACAUCAUAGACAUCGUGUCCAUCUUGCCUUACUUCAUCACCCUGGGCACGGACCUGGCCCAGCAGCAGGGCGGCGGGGGCAACGGGCAGCAGCAGCAGGCCAUGUCCUUUGCCAUCCUCAGGAUCAUCCGCCUGGUCCGCGUGUUCCGGAUCUUCAAGCUCUCCAGACACUCCAAGGGCCUGCAGAUCCUGGGCCACACGCUCCGGGCCAGCAUGCGGGAGCUGGGCCUUCUUAUCUUCUUCCUCUUCAUCGGGGUCAUCCUGUUUUCCAGCGCCGUGUACUUUGCCGAGGCCGACGAGCCCACCACCCACUUCCAGAGCAUCCCAGAUGCGUUCUGGUGGGCUGUGGUGACCAUGACGACCGUGGGCUAUGGGGACAUGAAGCCCAUCACCGUGGGGGGCAAGAUCGUGGGGUCCCUGUGUGCCAUCGCGGGUGUCUUAACCAUUGCUUUACCAGUGCCAGUGAUUGUCUCUAACUUUAACUAUUUCUACCACAGAGAGACCGAAAACGAGGAACAGACGCAGCUGACGCAGAAUGCAGUCAGCUGCCCGUACAUCCCUUCCAAUCUGCUGAAGAAAUUUCGGAGCUCUACUUCUUCCUCUUUGGGAGACAAGUCAGAGUAUCUAGAGAUGGAAGAAGGAGUUAAGGAAUCUCUCUGUGCCAAGGAGAAGUGUCAGGGAAAGGGGGAGGACAGUGAGACAGAUAAAAACAACUGCUCUAACGUGAAGGCUGUGGAGACUGAUGUGUGAAUCCUGGUCUCCGCGCGCCAUUGCCCCCUCGCCCCCAAGCCCGGCAUCUCCAAAUAUAUUUAUGCACAGAGAGUGCAGUUAUGAAAAUGAAAUAUGCAAACGAAUCCAACGCAUACAGUAGUACACCAUUCAAUGGUUAUACAUGGCAUAAUUGUUAUAAACUUGUAUUACAUAUCAAAUAAAUGAUGCAUCUUGGAGAAGAGGGAGGCUUAAAUAGGAGCAACUCAAUCUUUAUAUUUUUUAUUAGGAUGCAAGAAUUUUGCACAUUAACUGGAAAGGAUGUUAAAAGUUAAAGAUGGCUUUGUGGAAUGAGUGUGUGCGUUUGUGUGUGCGUGCUGUGUGCGUGUGUGUAUGUAUAAGUAAAUUGUCAAUGUUUUUUUUUAGUAAUUGUGCAGUAAUGGGAAAAGUUGGCAUUUUGAAGUAUUUACUAUGUAAGAACUAAUGAAUUUGAACAGUCAUUUAUCAGUGCUUUAAUAGCAUCUCCUGUCUUUGGAUUCCAUGGUUGUUUUUUUAAAAUUGUUAAGAAUUACUAUGUAGAAAAAAAAAGAAAGUGAAUUAUUUAAUAGCAUAUAGGUCACAAUUCUAUCUUGGAUUUAAUUAAAGUUUAUUUUUAACUGGAAAUUAACUUUUCAAAAGGCUGCAGGGGUCUUUAGAAAUUGUUUAUAUUUUAUUAUUAAUUUUGGGAUGAUAUGAGAGCAAAUGCCUAAUAAUAUGGGAGAAAUGACAUCAGAGAAAAUGUAACAAGCUUUGUUUAGAAAUCCCAGCACUGGAAUUUUUUUUUUCUUUGCACUAUUUUAUAUGCUGGAGAUUGAGAGAGACUUCAUACUGUGAAUGUUUACUAAUGUAACAGUUCAAUGACAAUCAUUGGAACAAUAAUUUCUUUGUCCUAUUUUAUUGUUCUUUUCUUUGUGUGAGACUAAAUGCCAUGCAGAUAACAGCACAGAUUCCCUUCUCUUUUUAAAUCUAAAUAACUGAUCUGCAAAGGGCCUCUGACGUCGAAUUUAGCAACUGAAUUCUUUUGAAAUCGGUCUGUUACAAUGAUGUUUCUGAAACCAUCCUAUUCUUCUGCCUUUAAAUCCAGAACAAUUUAACCAAAGCUAAUGCAUGCACUGAAAGAAUUAAUGAAGAAAUAGAUGCCCAGAUGCUACAGUGAUUAUGGCUUAAGAGCUUUCUAUUAAAUGUAUAACAUAAGUGACAGA